UCAAAGGUUGCACGGCCACUUUGAGUCUCGAUCCUAGCUCCAGAAAUCCUCAUCUCUACCAGAUCGAUCCCGUGACUUCUCUUCCUCCAAAACAUCAUGAAGGUCACCAUCAAGAAGUGGAAUACGGUCGCUACUUGGCGCUGGGAUAUACCUGAAGACGAUGUUUGUGGUAUCUGUCAGGUCCACUUUGACGGGACGUGUCCGACAUGUAAAUACCCAGGCGACGAUUGCAGCCUGUUAUCGGGGAAGUGCGGUCAUAACUUUCACAUGCACUGCAUAUUGGAAUGGAUCAAGCAAGAUUCAUCAAGAGGGCAAUGCCCCAUGUGUCGUCAACGCUUUGAGUGGAAUGAACAACUGAAAGAACCAGUCACGCAGGCCGAGUAACGGUGCUCGUACAUGAUGUUAUGCAAGGCGUCGGGCGUUUUUCAGGGCAUACAUAGAAAU